AUGGCAGAGUUCGGCGAUGUCAAGAACUUGGCGUACGGGGGAACGUCAACCGUUGCGUCGCAUCAUGUCUACAACGAAGAUGUGCGGUUUGUCGAUGAUCAUGAACGGAAAGAUCUGGCGCGGGGGUUGAAGCAGAGACAUGUGCAGAUGAUUGCGAUUGCCGGAGCUAUUGGAACAGGUCUUUUCCUUGGCCUAGGUGGCUCGAUCGCAACGGGAGGACCAUUGGGGGCUCUUUUGGGCUAUCUCUUCGUCGGCGCUAUCGUGUGUGCCAUUCAGUUUGCCUUGGGAGAAGUUACCGCGCUCUUUCCUGUCACCGGAUCCUUUGUACGCCAUUCGGAGAUUCUUGUGGACCCAGCUAUGGCCUUUGCUAUCGGAUGGAAUGUCGUGUAUGGGAAUUUCUUGUCCGUUCCUAGCGAAAUCUCAGCCGGCGUUGUUCUCAUCCAGUAUUGGAACGACACCAUCAAUCCAGCCGUGUGGGUUACGAUACUUAUCGUGCUCUCAAUCUUGGUGGCAAUUAUUUUUAUUGGCGUAUACGGUGAGGUAGAGUUUUUCUUCGCCAUUCUCAAGAUCCUGCUCGUUGUCGGUAUCGUGAUCAUGGGGCUCGUCAUUGAUUUGGGCGGUGUUCCUGGUAAGCCCAGACUAGGCUUUCACUUUUGGAAAACACCGGGUCCGUUCGUCGAAUACAUUGCCCAAGGUUCAUGGGGACGGUUCUUGGGCUUCUGGGCUGUCAUGUCAAACGCUGUUUACUCAUUUGCAGGUGUCGAGUCCCUGGCCAUGGCCGCUGCCGAAACCAGGAAUCCGCGCCACAAUAUUCCCAAAGCCUGCAAGCGUGUAUUCGCUCGGGUCACCAUAUUUUACAUCCUUGCUAUUCUAGUCGUUGGAAUGCUAGUAUCCAGUGAUGAUGAGCGACUCAGUAAUGAAUCGGGAACAGCCGCGCAGAGUCCCUUUGUCAUUGCAGCUAGCGACGCUGGAAUCAAAGCAAUCCCAUCCAUUGUCAAUGCAGUGGUAUUGACAUCUGCGUGGUCUGCGUCAAACCAAGCUAUUCUUGCGGGAACACGUACCUUGUAUGGCCUUGCACUCAAGGGACAUGCCCCAAAAUUCUUCCUUCGGACUACGCGAUACGGAAUCCCCUAUAUGUGUGUGGCCGUGCAGAUGGCCUUCUCGUUUUUGGCCUACAUGUGCGUGUCUAACGACGCUCUAACGGUCUUCUUCUGGCUGGUCGAUUUGACUGCAGCUGGUGUGCUGAUCAGUUGGAUUACGGUCGCUUUAAACCAUAUACGUCUGAUCCAAGCACUGAAAAAGCAGGGUUACCCCCUUCAUGCCUUGCCCUGGCACAACUCAUGGACACCUUAUGGAUCGUGGUUCGCACUUGUAUCGUGCAUAAUUAUCCUCUUGACAGGAGGUUUUGCAGUAUUCACCUCCGGAAACUGGGAACCUUCUAGUUUUGUGUCAAGCUAUUUGGACAUACCGUUGGUACUUGUGGUUUUUGCUGGCUACAAGUUGAUCCGGCGAACAAAAUAUGUCUCUUUGAGCGAUAUCCCCAUUGCUCAAGCUUUAGAUGAAGCACAAAAUGAUCCGGAAAAUGUCCCGAUACUUAAGGAGGUUUGGUGGAAACGAUGGAAUUUUUUAUGGUGA